AUUUUGUCAUAUGAGGAAGUAAGCAACAUUACGAGAGAAGAACACAAGCCAUUACUGUGGACUAAGUGUUUUGAGUCAGAGGAGGAUUUGAGAAAAUUAAAUGCUGAGAUGAUUCAUAACUCACUCUGUGGACAAACAUCUGGAUCUGAUUUUAGAUGAAACCACAGCCUUCAGAAUGAAUCUCUCUGAAGAACCUGAAAUAAACAUAAAGACAGUCAAGCGUUUGAUUCAGGGGGGUGAAUCAGAUUUACCUGAACACAGCAAUGCGUCUGUGAGGGAAAAUCUUUCAGAUCUCUGCGGAGAAGACGACUCUUCUGUUGAGCCCAGUCUGUGUGAGAAUGAAUCUCCUGAACCCAGCUGUGUGUCCAUGAAGAGUGACGCGUCAAUGUAUCGGCCAAUUCAAUUCAGCUCGGGAGAAUCAUCUGCUGAUCUGAGUCAAAAACCUAAAGAAUCAGAAUCAUCUACAGCAAAGAAGAAUUUAAACUCCAUUUUCAAGGAGCUUGAGCAGAAAAUCAUCUCUGUAAUGAAGACUGAGCUGGAAUGUUUUAGAAGACUGUUGAGUCCAGAUUACACAGAAUGCUCUGAAAGAGAGCAUUAUGAUAAUGAGGGUCAUAGCAGAGUCAGAGAAGGGCUUCUGAAGAUCACACUGCACAUCCUGAGGAAGAUGAACCAGACAGACCUUGCUAACACACUACAGACCAAACUGAUGCCUGUGUAUCAACAAAAACUCAAAUCCAGACUACAGGAUAAAUAUCAGAGAAUCAAUGAAGGAAUGUCCAAUCAUGGAGACUCAACACGUCUGAAUGAGAUCUACAGC